GGGGUGAGGGACGUGGUGGCGGCGGCGCCGGGGGAGCGGAGGCACUGCGCGCUGCCGUCAGGUGCCGCACGCUGAGAAAUGCGCGCGGCGGCUCCGCGCAGCGAUCCGCGCAGAGAGCGGGAGGAGAGGAGCGCUGCCAUGGCACUGCGAGGCGCUAGCCGGAGCCGGGCGUGAUCGCAGCAUCUAGGGAGCUGCGGUUCCCAAUCAGUCGGUACAAUAGAGCAGAGCACGGCUGCCCUUAGCGUGCACAUCAGACGUCUCGCCUUGUUUCUAGAUCACCGGGAGCCUCUGGACCAUGUCCUACCCGCAGUUCGGCUAUCCCUACUCCUCCGCGCCCCAGUUCCUGAUGAGCACCAACUCCCUGACGCCCUGCUGCGAGUCCGGCGGCCGCACGCUGCCCGAGUCGGGCCCGGCCGCCCCAGCACAGACGCCGGUCUAUUGUCCCGUCUACGAGAGCCGCCUGCUCGCCACCGCUCGCCACGAGCUCAACUCCGCCGCCGCUCUGGGGGUCUACGGCGGCCCCUACGGCGGCCCCCAGGGCUACGGGAACUACGUGACCUACGGCACCGAGGCGCCCGCCUUCUACUCUCUGAACACUUUGGAGGCGAAGGACGGCGGCGGCUCUGCGCAUGCGGGCAUCUCCCCGGCGGCUGCUUACUACCCGUACGAGCACAGCCUCAGCCAGUACCAGUACGACAGGUACGGGGCGAUGGACGGCGGCACGCGGCGGAAGAACGCCACCCGGGAGACCACCAGCACGCUGAAGGCCUGGCUGCAGGAGCACCGCAAGAACCCCUACCCCACCAAGGGCGAGAAGAUCAUGCUGGCCAUCAUCACCAAGAUGACCCUCACCCAGGUCUCCACCUGGUUUGCCAACGCCCGCCGCCGCCUCAAGAAGGAGAACAAGAUGACGUGGCCGCCUCGGAACAAGUGCUCGGACGAAAAGCGGCCCUACGAAGAAGAGGAGGAGGAGGAGGAGGAAUGCUCGCAGGAAGACGCCAUGAAGAGCGAGAAGGCCGAGGAGCCCACGGGCAAGGAGGAGAAGGAGCUGGAGCUCAGCGACCUGGAGGAUUUGGACGCCGCCGAGUCGGAGAGCUCCGAGUGCGAGAUGAGGCGGCCCUUCCCGCACCCGCAUCCUCACCCGCUGCCGGGCGGCGGCCCCCCGCCCCGCGCCGCCGAGCCCCCCGCCGCCGCCGCCGAGGAGGAGGAGGAGGAGGCGGCGGAGAGGGCCCGCGGCUGCCUGAAGCCGGCGGCGGAGGAGUGCGAGGCGGCCCUGCUCGGGGCUCGGCCGCGCGGCUGCGAGGCCAAGCUGUGCUUCCCGCAGGGCCAGCCGCUGCUGGAGGCCAAGCCCCGCAUCUGGUCCCUGGCGCACACCGCCACCUCCCUCAACCAGGCCGAGUACCCCUCCUGCAUGCUGAAGCGGUCGGGGGGAUCGGCCGCCGCCGCCGUCUCCGCCCCGGUCAGCGUCAUGGACCGGCACCAGGAUUCGCCGGUCACCAACCUCAGGAACUGGGUGGACGGGGUGUUUCACGACCCGCUGUUCAGGCACAGUACUUUGAAUCAAGCCUUGAGCAACACCACGGUGUCCUGGGCCACCACCAAAGGAGCCAUUCUGGAAACGGGCGCCUUGGGACGCUCGGUGGGCAAUGGUGCCAACGUGCUCAAGGGGCAGCUGGCCAACCUGGCCCACCAGGACUCGAGCAAGGAGUUUCUCGCCUUUCCCAAAGCAGGGAGCAAAAUGUUUUGCUCCUAACGGCCCCCCGAGGGGCAAAGAACUUCCCCGCGCUGGAAGAGUCAUGUACACUGAAAAGAAACUCGCGAGAGUUGAAAUAUAAAACUUUUUCCUUUAUUCUUAUUUUUCUUUUUUUUUUUUUUAACAACCAAAACGAGGAUUUAACGUUCAGUUCGCUCAGCUCAACAGACACUGCUGUUCUGAAGAAUUAAUUUCUCCUGGCUGCGAAUUCAAAGGGAUCAGUGUCGUGAGAGUUAUUUAAUUCCAUGUCCCAAAGCACGUACUAUAGCGUAGACCUACUUAACAAAGUUUACAUCCGAAAGUUUACAGACGAGAAAUUUUAAUUCAGCUUUAAUUUAAGGCAUGCCGACAUUAGUUAUAAAGACUUUUCGAGAGUUUUUCCUCCUGAUUUCCUUGUUAGCAUAUAAUUCACAAACAGCACUUCCACUAAGUUUACACCUACUGCACAAAUUUAUCUUGACAAAAAAAAAAAAAAUGUUAAAGGGUAUGUUCACUCCAAUAAAUGGUCUGUUUCAGAGGUA